AUGUCCCCCCCCCUUGAGCAGGUGCUCUACAACCUCUUCUCCGAGACGGGUCGGCGCGAAUAUGCUGACUGUGCGCGCCGCUUCGACAAGCCCGCCUUUCUGGAGCCCCUGCUCCAGGGACGAGACCCCCUGCCCGGUCUGCAUGCCAACACCCACCUGGCCCAGGUGAACGGAUUUGCGGCCCGGUACGACUCGAUGGGAGACAAGGCCGGGGCGACUGCCGUCCACAAUUUCUUCGCCCUUCUCGAAAAGUACCACAGCUUUGCAACGGGGGGCUCCAACUGGCGCGAAUUCUGGUUCAACGAGUCCACAGUGGCAGACGCAAUCAAUGACCCAGACUCGGGGGCAGUGUCCCAAGAGUCCUGCACCCAGUACAACAUGCUGAAGAUCGCGAGGCGGAUGUUCACCUGGUCCGGCAGUCCAGCCAUGGCGGACUACUAUGAGCUGGCCAUGCAGAACGGCGUGGUUUCAUGGCCGCAAGACCCUGGCGCCAUGCUGCAGAGCAGCACAGGGCUGGCAACCAAUGCUGCCGGCCCGGGUGUGAUGAUCUACUACCUCCCCCAAUUCGCCGGCGAGUGGAAGGGCGAGCGCGGGCAUUCCUGGACAGGAUGGGGCGACCCUUACAACGCAUUCUGGACGGUCAACGCGUCGGCGGCUGCGGGCGUGGCGGCGGCCGCCGCCGAUGCUCCCCCGGAGCUCUUUGUCAACCAGCUGGUGACCAGCAGCCUCGAGUGGAAGCAGCAGGGCGUCGUGGUGAACCAGACUGCAGGCAAGGACUGGGGCUGGGGCCGGGGCCAGACAUGA